AUGCUGAUGCUGGUGGUGGUGGUGGUGACGAUGACGAUGAUGACGAUGAUGACGAUGGUGAUGAUCAUCAUCGCGGCGACGUGCCGGAUCGCGUCGCGGUACAUGCUCUCGGCGCCUCCGACUCCGCCACGAGGGCGGGGUCAUGACGCCGGCGUUCCUCGUGACGGCCCCUUCAAGUACAACUUCCGGAACUGGACGCGCAAGCCCGUGCAAAAAGACGAGCUCUUCUCUGUCGUGCAGACUAAUCCUCCGCCGUGUUCACUGGCAGCGCACUGCGAUUGGGUUGUCGGCUCGCGCUAUGAGCAUUGGGGACGACUGCCCGGCUUCACCGUCUGGGGCGACCCGUACACCGUGCCUGGAACCAUAUUCGUGAACACGGACGAGCUUGAGACCUUCUCAGAGUCGCUGCUGCAUUGCAUCCCGCGGCGCCAUGGCGUGGUGCUCAUCACGGGCGACCACGACAAGACGACGCCGUUGCAGACGGACGUUCGUUACCCGCGCGUGCUCAGGUCGAGCACCUGGGCGAACUGGCUCAAAGAUGAGCGCAUUUUGCACAUUUACGUCGAGCAUCUCGAUGCUGCAGUGACGAGCAGCAAGGUCAGUCCCAUCCCGACCGGGAUGAAUCCUCGCGAUGCUGGGGGCAUGUCACUGGCGACCGCGCCGCGAAAAGUGCGAAUCCAAUCACUGCCGCUCCGGGUGGUGGAAAUCGGGCGGCAGCGAGGCGGGCGGCAGUUCCUCGAACGACAGUUUGUCAGAGACUUGUGCAACAGUUGGCGUUGGUGCGACGUGGCCAACACGACUAACGAGGGCUUCAGUGCAGUUGUGCAAAAGUAUCCAUUCCUGCUCUGCGUUCAUGGUGGCGGGAUCGACCCAAAUCCCAAGCUCUUCUCAGCCAUCCUUUCCGGCGCCAUCCCGAUCAUGCGCGAUUUUCCGGGUGCCACCAUGUACGACGGCUGGCCAGUGGUGCGCGUGAGCAACUGGACCGACAUCAACACAAGCAUGCUCGCACAGUGGCGCAAGCUCCACGCGCCCGCGUUCGAGGACGAGUGGUUGCGCAAUCAGACCCUCGAACGGCUCACGAUGCGUCACUGGUGGUCCAAGAUUCACCCACCCCCCGGACCUCGACGCCACCAAUCGAUUUGAGCCGGCCAAGGCGGCCGCGAUGCUAAUUCCUAUGUACUGUACUGUAACGCGAUACUGUAUAGCUGUACGGGAGUUUUCCUAACAUCGGAUUUUGAACUAUCCC